AUGUUGGUGAUGAUUGAUAGUUAUGGUGAUGGUUUGUUGAUAGUUGACGGUGAUGCUAAUUCAUGUAAUGGUGGAGUUAGGUGGUUGGUGGCUGAAGCAGGGGAUCGUUUAUCUUGUGAAAAAAGAGUACCAGAAAAAUAUAAGUAUAAGAAAGAUGUUCUGAAUGCUGUUCAAAAAGUUACAAAAACAAGAUCUGCAAGAAGAGUGAAGAAACCUAGUCUGCAUGGCCCUUCUCAUGGAAAAGUUUCUCAAAAUAGGAAGGCCGCUGGUCAGAUUAGUAUGGAUGAAUUUGAUUGGACCGAUACGAUUAAAGAGUGCCUAGUAUAUCGUCCAUCUAAGGAAGAGUUUGAGGAUCCUUUGGUUUAUGUGCAGAAAAUUGCUCCUGAAGCAUCAAAAUAUGGCAUUUGUAAGAUUGUCUCUCCCUUAGGAUCUUCUGCUCCGGCUGGAGUAGUGUUGAUGAAAGAGCAAAAACGUUUUAAGUUUACCACUAAGUUGCAACCUCUGCGACUUGCUGAAUGGAAUAACAACGAUAAGAUCACCUUCUUCACAAGAGGAAGAAAUUAUACUAUUCGUGAUUUUGAGAUAAUGGCAAACAAGGCAACUGCUCGAAGAUACUGUAUAUCUGGAUGCCUUCCUCCUGCAUAUGUGGAAAAGGAAUUUUGGAAAGAAAUGACACUUGCAAAGACAGGAAUGGUUGAGUAUGGAAUUAAUAUAGAUGGUAGUGCCUUCUCAAGCACUUCCACUGAUGAUCCUCUUGGAUGUAGCAAAUGGAAUUUCAAGAUACUUCCUCGGCUGCAAAGAUCAGCAUUACGCUUGCUUCUUAAUGAAAUACCGGGAGUAACAGACCCCAUGUUGUACAUAGGGAUGCUAUUUAGUAUGUUCGCUUGGCAUGUAGAGGAUCAUUAUCUCUAUAGCAUUAACUAUCAUCACUGUGGGGCGGCCAAAACUUGGUAUGGAGUUCCUGGUCAUGAAGCUCUUCAGUUUGAGAAUUUUAUUCGGCAUCGUGUUUAUAAUGAGGAAAUCCUAUCAGAAAAUGGGGUCAAUGGAGUCUUUAAUAUUCUUCAAGAGAGAACAACAAUGGUUUCUCCAAAGAUUCUGCUGCAAUAUGGUGUCCCGGUUUACAAGGCUGUGCAAAUGCCAGGAGAGUUUGUCAUUACCUUCCCUAGAGCAUACCAUUCAGGAUUUAGUCAUGGCUUCAACUGUGGUGAGGCCGUGAAUUUUGCAAUUGGUGAAUGGUUUCCAUUUGGGGCUGCCGCUAGUGAGCGUUAUGCUCUUCUUGGCAAGGUGCCAAUUAUUCCUUAUGAAGAGCUCCUCUGUGCAGAAGCAAUGCUUCUCUCAAAGUCUUCAGCUCACAGACCUUAUUGCACAGCAGAUUUAAUCGAUGUUCGUUGUGUAAUGACUGCAUUUUCAUGCCUAUUGAGAUCAUACCACCGUGCCCGCUGGUGCUUGGAGAAGUUGAAAACUUCUCUUAGAAUGUGUUCAAAGCCUCGAGAGUCAUUUAACUGCAUCCUCUGCAAACGACUCUGUUAUGUGGCAUACCUUGAGUGCGAAUGUUACGCUGAUCCCAUAUGCCUUUUUCAUGAUUUUGAAACUUUUAACUGUCUGUGUGGAAGUAGCUGCAGCCUCUUUGUUACUGAGGAUAUUUCAACAAUGGAAGCUGUUGCACAGAUGUUUGAGGCUGAGGAAGGAAUGCGUUGUGAGGUUGAGCAGAAAAUGAAAUCUCUACCUUACUUGUGGAUACAAACCUUAUUUCCGCGCAUACAAGGAAAAUAUCGUCCAUAUUGUGAGAUAAUGUCAAGUAGUAUUCAAAAUGUAGACACUGGUAUAAAGAUGUCCAUGAUAAGAAGAUCAUCUGCUCAAGGCAAGCAAAUGAGGAAUAAGAAGAAAAAGUUUCGAUGGCAAGAACUUCAUCUACAGAGAGAAUGCCAGAAGAAGAGGUACACAUUACACGACCAAGCUGGUCCAAACCAGAAGUUAAACUCUGGGCAAAGACAAUUUCUUCAAGGAGGUUGUUGUUGGGCAUUCACAUCAACAGAAGCUAUUACGGCAGCAUAUGCCCUUAAGAAUAAAAGAGAGAUUGUUCCACUCUCAAAACAGCAGUUAAUUGAUUGCAUGUACACUAAAUAUAAAAAGCCUUCCUAUUUUGCUGAUUUGGGAGAGAAGGAAUGUUUUCCAUGUUCAUAUAACAAGGCAUACAAAUUUGCUAUGGAUUAUGGCAUAACAGUAGAAACUAAAUAUCCCUUUAUGGAAGAGAGGGGUAAAUGUGAAUGUCAGUCUGAAAUGAGGAUUAUAAAGAUAAAUGGAUUUCAAAGAGUAUCGGAAUUGAUCAAGGAGUUGGAAGAAAAGGCAAUAGAGAAGUUGGAUGAAAAGGAAAUCAUAGAAAAGUUGAUUCGGCAACAACCUAUUACUUGUGCUGCUCUUCAUGUUCCAAGUCUUCAACUACAUCGUGGAAAGGGAGUGUACAUGGGACCAACUGAAAAUGAAAUUGCUCAAGUGAGACAGAAGGAAACUGAAGGACAAGUAGUUGGAAAACAUGCAAUGUUAAUUGUAGGAUAUGGUGAAGAGGAGGGCGUUGAGUUUUAUUUGGUGAAAAAUAGCUGGGGAACGGAAUGGGGUUAUCAGGGAUAUGCCAAAAUUAAACGCAGUGCACUCUCUAAAUUAUCGUAUCCCAUUAUAGAUUAA